UCACACGGGAAGCAGCAUGGACUGGGAGGGACGACGUUCAUGACAGCUGCCUAGAAGCUGAGAAAACCUCUUGAUAUUAGGAUUAUGGCAGAUUCCAGUGGUCCACAGAAAAACUGGUACUCAAUACUAGGUGCCUGUCCAACAGAUGACAUACAAGAACUGAAACAGAAGUAUCAGAAGCUCAUCCUCAUGUUUCACCCGGACAAGCAGAGACCGGACGUAUCAGAAGGUGAAGCAGAGCAGCACAUGCAGCGAUUCAUUGAUGUCGACCAGGCUUGGAAGAUCUUAAGUAAUGAGGAGAGCCGGAAGGAGUACAACCUCCAGCUACGGGCACUUGAACUGAAACAGAGCUGGCCAGUGGACGCUCAUAUAACCCUCAACGAAAUGAACUGGGAUUGUGACACUAAGUGUUAUACGUACAGCUGCCGCUGUGGAGGAGAAUUCAUCUUAGAGAAGGAUGACCUACAAGAACUGGAAACGAUUGUGUGCUGCGAUUCCUGUUCACUCAGCAUUGAAGUUAAGAAGGUUACAUGACACUUUGGAUACGUUCAGCAAGUUUUUAUUGGACUAUUAUUUAGCUCUUUUAAAAUGGGACAUUUUCUAUGGACACAUGGUAGAUUUUAACAGGAAGUCAACCUCAUUCAUAACUGAUUAUUUCUUUAUGGUCUUUUAAUGGUCUCCACAUAGAUCCUCAAAGCGACCACACUGUAAAAACCUUCCCAUUUUCCAUUUCUUUUCUUGAGUAAGGAUGCAACAUUUUCAUUCACAUGUACCUUACAGCAAGUGCAUCACCUAAUAACCAGAACUGGUUUCAAGAAUUGGGUCACACCAGACUCUCACUGUCUCAGAAAGCCCUUUGGUUGUUUCCUCUGAGCUAGACGUGCUCUUUUACGUACCAGACGCUUACCAAAAUGAAAAAAAAAAACAUUGUUUGUUCCCUAGCCCCCUCCUUUCUCCCCUGUGUUUGAGAGGACCAGGCGGCUCAGUAACCUCUUAGCUCUAGUCAACUUUGUUUGCAUGUAAAUAAAUGCAUUUUUUUCCUCCUCCGACAAUGAAGUCACAAACUGCCUCCACACAUCACUGGUCGAAAAAGGCCCUCCAGUUAAUGAUGAGCUUUUCUUUGCCUUAUUGUUCUCCGGCCCACUCAAUUUUGGGGGGAUCUACAAGGUUGCGGCAUUGGAAUAGGGUCAUUGCUUUAUUAAACUUCAAACAGUCAUUAGGCUGUUUGCUAAAAUCUGUCGUCCCACAGUAGAAACAGCUUGAUCGGGGCAAAACCACGCUUUUCAUCAAUGUCCUGAGGCCUGAACCGAGGCUAGACCUGCCAGUGGACCAGCAAUGGACCGAACUGUAAUCGACUGUGACAUCAAUUACAGAUAAUCUCAUCACUUUUGAGAGUGGGCUUGUCAAAGCUCUAAUUAAGUCCUCAGUUCCCACUAUAUGUGCAGACAGGAUCAACAACACAUUAUAGUGCAAUGAUAGACAUCAUCAUUCUAUUUUUGAGGGGAGCUAACUUUUAACCUAGUGUGCACUUGUGGGUCUGGCCAGGCAGUAAGGCUGCUGUGUUCGUUUGAAUGAUUGCCUCUUUACGUCUGUGUAUGUGACUGUAGAUGA